AUGACCGAUAGACGAAGAAUAUUGGGGCCAUUGGACGCUUCUCCGCUAACCUUUGAGUCUGAAUCAGUUAUUUCGGCUCUUGAAGGGGAGGCGAGCUCCAAGUUUCAACUGAAAAAGUUGCAUGUAUCUCAGCCAUCAUCUGGCGAUGAUAAGAUUUUUGUUGACAUGGGAUUAGUAACAAAUUGUGAAGGAUCCUGCUAUAUGGAAAUAGAUAAUACUCUUAUACAGGUAUCUGUUUAUGGGCCUAGGCCGAUUCGUGGGUCUUUCAUUGAUACUGCAACUCUUUCUGUCGAAUGUAGGUUUCUUCCUUUCCUAACGGAGUCUAAAGAAUUUGCCAACGGUAAUGGAAGGAAUAGUCUCACAGAAAUAGAGCAAAGACUAUCUUCUUUUGUGUACAGCUGCUUUGUGAACACAAUCAUUCUUUCCAAGUACCCAAAAUCGUCGAUAGACAUUUUCAUUAAGGUUAUUUCAGUGGAUUCCUAUGACACAAAUUUCAUCAAGCUAACUAACUACCUCGUUAAUUGUGCUUCCUUAUCGAUAGUAGACGCCCAAAUCGAAGUGAAAGAUAUAAUAACAGCAGGAUACAUUCCAACUUCCAUAGUGACCAGUUUUACUAAUCUUCAUUUGCCUAACGACAAGAUUGUAGGUUUAUACAUCUCCGACGAUACAGAUGCCGAAAUCGACGACGAAAAAGUUUUGUCUAGCAUGAUAAUGGAAUGCAACAAGAAAGCAAGAGACCUGCGAUCCAGCCUAAACAAGUAUCUAAUUCAAUUGGUCAAGUAA